AGACAUACAGACAGAGACAGACAGCAGUACACAGCCAGCUGUGGUGAUAUGAUGUCACUGCUGAGGAGUUUGCUGUUGAUCUACUUCUCAUUCAAUGAAUUGACCACAGCAGCAGAAGACAUUCUCUGGGUGAAGACAGGGGAGAAGUUUACCAUGAAGUGCUCCACCACUCUAAAAGACCAGGAAGGAAUGUACCUGUAUGUUGGGCUGGACAGAGACAGGGAGGUGCUGUAUUACUACCAGCAUGACUCCAAGCUGACCCCCAGGAAACGCUACUGGGACAGAGUGAAGACUGAGGGACCUGUGGACCAACUGACCAUCACCGUCAGUAACCUGACCAUAGAGGACACAGGCGUCUACUGGUGUGUUUACACAAAAUUCAAUAAAGCCACAUAUGAAAAUGACAUCAACCAAGGAAGAGGCUCCACUCUGGUCGUGGUGAAUGGUAGAUACGAUGCCCUCCAGCUGCCAUGCCCCACAGCUACUGCAGUAACACUGACCCCCUUUCACUCAGCCAACAAGAAGCCGUGCCCAUCCGGCGUGGAAAGCAUCAUCAUCAUCAUCAUCAUCACCAGCAUCUUGACCACCCUGAUAUGUGCCGUCAUCUUCCUCGUCUGGUUCGCUCCACUGGUGAAGAGGUGCUGUAACCAGGGAGGAUACACACCACAGGUCUUUCCUGACUCGGUCUAUGAAGACAUGGCCCGGAAUCACAUUUAUCCAUCAGGCACACAGCAGUGUUUUUAGGUCACUGGACCCCUCAUCAAGCUGUUCCUGUGCAUGUUGUCUGCACACAAAGUCAAAAGAGCUUCGAUGUUAAAAUGAGAACAGUUUGUUAAGAUUUGUAUUAUAUUCUAUCAUAGGUACAAAUAUUUUAGCUGCCUAAACUUUCAGGUACAUUAGGAUAUAAGCCAUUUUUAUAAUUACAUUUGAUUAAUCUAUGGUUUUAGUUGAGAUAGCUAGUAGGUUAAACCAUAAUGGUCUGAGUACAUUGUUUUCAUGCUGGUACGGAGUAUUGAGUGCGUCUUGUGGUUGGAAAAACUAUUUUUAACCAAGUGACGUAGUAUUUGUUUUACACUAUGAGUCACUGUUUUUUUACUUAUUUUUCAACUUCCUAACAGCUAUUUUCACUUUAAAUAAAUGUAAAUGUGUUUUGUAUUUUUUUUAAAGGGAGAAAAAUAUUCUCACCAUUUUCCAUUUUAAUCUAAAUAUUGAUACAUCAUUGAUAGUCAUGUGAUAUUCCCCUUGUGUAUGUCAUGUUUGUGUAUGUCAUGUUUAUGUUGUAUUUGUGUAUGUGUAUCUGGCAUGCAUUGGUGAUGUUCAGCUAUAUUGCUGACAGUAUAUUGUAUGUUUGGAAAGCUUUCUAGUUAAAUCAAUCGAAGAAAAAUUCAGGCAGGAAACUGGAGUGUUUGUAUCUGCUGAUAUUGAACCAAUUAGAUUCACUCUACUGUAAUAUGGCGGUCUAUUUAGUUAACCAGGUUAUUACAUCAUUUCAUGAUGUCUGCUGCACGCAAGCUAUGCACUGGUGUUCUUGGUGACAUGCUAUGCUGUAACAUGCGGUACUCACCCUGCAUGCCUGCUUUCUGACCACCCACCCCAGACUCCACCUGUUUGGGCACUGCUUUUGUUUCAGUCAGGGAGAUUGGUAUAGCAUACCUGGCUCACUGUUUGUUAUGUUAUCAUUAUGCAUGCUCUGGCAGUGAGCUACCCCGAAGGAGCAGAGCCUAACGCCAAGAGUAACAUAUUGACUGUAUUGUAGUCUUUUCUAAUAAAUGGUUA